AUGGAUCCAUUCAACUUCCCCUCGGACAUCUGGUGGGAGAUUUUCCGCCAGCCAGAGUUAGUGCUGAUUCGUAUUUCACGGGAUAACCGUCCCCCUCACACCGCCCCAGCAGCUCCAGACGCUAGUCCGCAACAGGACACAUCGAAAAGUCCCAUUGAGCCGCUCCGCGUCGACUCUCCAUCAACUCAUAUCAACCAACCUCAAUUAACCAUGCUUUGUGCUAUCUCCGGAGAGGCACCCCAAGUGCCCGUCGUGUCUCCCAAGAGCGGCAGUGUAUUUGAAAAGCGCCUCAUUGAGGCAUACAUUGCAGAGCAUGGCAAAGAUCCUGUAAAUGGCGAGGAGCUCAGCACCGACGACCUGAUCGAUGUCAAGACGCAACGCGUUGUCCGACCCCGACCACCUACCCUUACAUCCAUCCCCUCUCUGCUCAGCGUAUUCCAAGAAGAAUGGGAUGCCCUGGCGCUGGAAUCUUACACUUUACAACAAACCCUGGCGCAAACAAGGCGCGAGCUGAGUACAGCGCUCUAUCAGAAUGAUGCCGCUGUACGAGUGAUUGCACGUCUGACACAGGAGAGAGACGAGGCCCGCGAAGCACUUUCAAAUGUUUCUGUUGGUGCCACCCGCUCUACUGGCGAGGCUAUGCAGGUGGAUUCCACAGGACUGCCCCAGGCGGUGUUGGAACGGAUCGAAAGCACACAGGCAGCGCUAUCUAAGACCCGCCGUAAGCGUCAAGUCCCCGAGGGCUGGGCUUCCAGCGAGGCUAUUUCCACAUUCAACCCAACUGAGACCUCUGACCCUCUUUACCCCGGUGGCCGCGCUCUAUCCAUCAACUCAACCGGUGACCUGGCCCUUGUUGGUGGAGUUGACGGAGUGGUUGGUGUUUACUCGUUCUCUCAAAAGAGCGUUGUGCAGACUCUCAAGACAGAUGGCCCAGUCACUGGCGCGACAUGGGCAGGCAACAAGGCCGUUGUUGGCUCAUCUACGGGAUCUGUGAAGGUUUUCGAGAACGGCGCCGAAGUUGCAAGCUUCAACUCCCACGCUGGUGAGGUCACAGCUGUCACUGUCCACGCUACUGGUGACAUUGCUGCUUCUGUUGGUGUUGAUAAGAGUUACGUUAUUUAUGAUCUCGCUACGAACACUGUGGCUUCCCAGAUUUUCACUGAUGCAGCCCUACUCUCUGCCAACUUCCACCCUGAUGGUCACUUGAUUGCAGCCGGUGGCGCAGACGGAAAAGUCAAGAUCUUCGAUGUCAAGACUGGUGCUUCUGCAGCAGACUAUGCGAUGUCUGGUCCAGUGAAAUGCCUGUUCUUCUCUGAGAACGGAACCUACUUAGCUGCAGUGGCUGGAGAGUCUACCACUGUAUCAAUUUGGGAUCUACGCAGCUCCCAGGAAACCAAGGUACUGGAUACAGGCAGCCCGAUCAACUCGAUCUUCUGGGACUACAGUGGCCAAUUCCUCUUGGUUGGUGGCCCUAGCGGCGUUACCGUACAGCAAUAUUCUAAGGCAGCCAAGGCUUGGUCGGAACCUUUGCGACGUGCAGUCCCUGCUACUUCUGUCGCUUGGGGUCCCGCUGCUCAGAGUAUUGUCGUAUUGAAUGAGGCGGGUGCAAUCACGGUGCUGGCAGCAUAA